GAAGAAGACUGUGCUCCCAUUAUUCCUGCUACUGUUUAUCAUUUGAUCCUGUAAUCUUUUUGUUGCACUUUCUUCCGGAGUUACACGUGUAUUAGCGGUAGUAAACAAAUGGCCUUCAGUCUGCCGGUGUGGCUCGCCGUCCAGGAGGAGCUCCUCGGUCCCGACGGAGAGGACUGUGUGCCUCCGAGCUGUUUCGACGAGUUUGAUGAUGAAUCUUUGUUCAAGAUGUUCCACCUCACCAGACCCUGCGUCGUUUUCCUCACGGAUGCUGUCCGCAUCCGCAUGAAGGCCGUCGCUACGAAGAAAACCCCGCUGUCCGUGGACGCGAUGGUCAUGGUGGCGCUCAAUUAUUACGCACACGGAGUUUCCUGCGCCGACGUCCUGCAGAGGGUCGGCCAGAGCCAGACCGACUGCCUCGCCAUCAUCUCCACAGUCUCCAGCGUCCUCGCAGGGAUGUCCGAUCAGUUUAUCUCCUUCCCAGAAAUCCGGGAAGCCAGAGCCAACGUCGCAUCCAAGAUUGAGAAGUUCUGCGGGAUCCCCAAGGUGCUGGGCGUCGUUGCUCCUGCUCACUUCAAGAUCAGAGCCUCUCCCUAUGAGAAGGACACCUUCAGGUCUUUUGUCAACUCCCUGGGGUACACAUCGGUGGUGAGCCAGAUCAUGUGUGACUUCGAUGGCAACAUACUGAAUGUCGAAAAAUGUUGUGUGGGCAGCACGUUUGAGCAGGAAAUGUGGGAAUCAUCGUUCAAAGGAAGGGAGAUGGAGGAGGAGCUGCAUGGAGCAUACUGGGUUAUUGGCGGGAAAGGCUACCUAUUAAGCAAACAUGUCUUGACUCCUGUGUCAGAACCUGCAAAUGACAAAGAGUCCCGCUUCAACGAGGCCCACACGAAGAUCUACAACGUCAUGCGGACAAUGCUCGGCUCCUUGAAGAGGCGUUUUAGGUGUCUGAUGCAACUCGGUUUCGCACAAGAAGGAUCUUUGGACAAGAAGUCAAACAUUAUCAAGACGUGCUGUGUGCUGCACAACAUCGCUAAGAAGUUCUCCGUCCCUCCUCCGCCUGUAGCUGGUAAAAUCGAGCCCCUGCAUCCAGGCAAGCAGCGGUCAGUGCCAGUAGAGAUCAACCUCGAGGCCAUAAACGCCAGACGGGAACUUAUAAACUCUAAGUUCUCUACUGUCUCCAGUAGACGGGACCCACCGAGUAAAGAGAAGGAUGUGUGAGCAGAGUGGGUGUGUUGUCUGCUCUAAGAAGCAAAUGAUCAUUGACAUACAUUAAGAACAAACACUAGAAUCACAACCCAGUGUAUAAAGCAACAUUUAUACACAGUUUGUUACUGUUCUGGGUCCGUUCGAUACGAGUAUGUAAAUACGACAUAGUGCUGGGUUUUUAUCCAACUUGAAAAAACACACUCAGGUACUUUUGUAAAUAAAAAUAUUUUAUUUCUUGUACAAAUAAAAGAUCAUUAUUUUCUACAUCUAUU